AUGGGUAUUGAUAUUCUUCAAACAUAUUCAUCCACUGAUAUUUUAUUAGCAAACGAAAAAUGGGUUAAAAGAAAUUUCCCCUUAAAAUCACAAAAUUCAACCACUUCCUUUGCUCCAUUUGGCGCUCAAACUAAACAUGAACCACACACUUUCUUCCUUGGUUGUUCCGAUGCACGUUAUAACGAGUCUUGUCUCGGCUACAAUCAAGGUGAGGUAUUCACUGUAAAAACUAUAGCAAACAUUUUUAAGGAAGAUGACAUUUCUACUGCUGCCGCUUUAGAAUACGCUAUUGAUUGUGUCGGCAUCAAACAAAUUGUGGUCUGUGGACAUACCGACUGUGGUGGGGUCAACACUUGUCUUUUAAAAAGAAGAGAUUUAUUGCCAAAGGCAAAUUUAUCGAAACUGUACUACCAUUUGGAAGAUAUCGAUCGGAUUAUAGAAAAUAACUGGAGUUAUAUCACCGAGACUGUUAAAGAUGAAAAUAAUUUGUUAUUAAGAGGUAAGAUAAUAGCUAAAUUGAACGUUCUUGCCCAAAUUGAGAAAUUGUUGAAGCUAGAUGUUGUCAAAAAUGCAGUAGAACUUAAAGGUCUGAAAAUAUUAGGUUUGAUUUAUGACGUGGAUACACAUCUAGUAGAAAAAGUUUAA